AAAGAGCGUCCUCUUACGCUUAUCUUAAUUUCCCUCGCAUUGAGAAUUUUCAACUUUUUCUAUCUCUCUUCCCAAAUCACAAAUGGCGGGUCGCGGCAAAACUCUCGGAUCUGGCGUUGCUAAGAAAUCAACAUCGAGAAGCAGCAAAGCCGGUCUCCAAUUCCCCGUUGGUCGUAUCGCUCGUUUUCUAAAGAACGGCAAGUACGCAACACGUGUUGGUGCCGGAGCUCCGGUUUACUUAGCCGCCGUUCUCGAAUACCUCGCCGCUGAGGUAUUGGAAUUGGCUGGAAACGCAGCUAGGGAUAACAAGAAGACUAGGAUUGUGCCACGUCACAUUCAGCUCGCGGUGAGAAACGAUGAGGAGCUGAGUAAACUGCUUGGAGAUGUGACGAUUGCUAAUGGAGGUGUGAUGCCUAACAUUCACAGUCUUCUUCUUCCCAAGAAAGCUGGUGCUUCAAAACCUUCCGCUGAUGAAGAUUAGAUUAGGGAUUUGUGUUGUGGUUGUUUAGCUAAUUAAUGUGUAGCUUAGUCUUUCAUUAGAUUAGAUCUGAAUUAGUUUUCAUUAAUGGUGUUGUGUAGUCUCUCUUUUGCUUCAAAAACAAGUAUUAAAAUCUUAUUAUUUUGAAUUGAAUCCACAAUCAAUACACAUUGAAGUCCUAACAAA